UAUUUGUGUUUAUUAUAUGAUAUUUAUAUCAAUAGUAUUUGAUUAGCAAUUGUUUGAAUCCAAUGGCGAUAAUAACUAUACAACUGUUGAUACAAUUAAUGUCAUAAAUGUCUUGAAAGUCACAACAACUGAUUGAUUACAUUAUCCACUAAUCAGUCAAUUAGUUGUCGACAAACUCUACGACUAAAACAAGCAAUUGUUUGAUAUCUGAAAACAUCGGAUCAAUGGUAAACUCGAUGGGUGUCUGACCAACGAAUGGGCAUAUAUUUGAGGUCUUCACUGAAAGACCCAAACGGUAAAUAUCAAUUGUGACGGAUUGGUCAGUGCAAACAUGUCGGUAAUGCAUACGCGGACCAUAUCGGGUCACCAAACACGUAAAAAGGUGGCCGUUUCUUAUGUGAUACGCGAAGACGUGGAAAAGUAUCACCGAUCGGGUGUCAAUUCGCUACAAUUGGACAGCCAUUCGGGUCGGUUAUAUUCAGCCGGUCGGGACUCAAUUAUUAGGAUAUGGAAUACCCGAACUCAGGCCAACCCAUAUAUCCAAUCCAUGGAACACCACACCGAUUGGUGCAAUGAUAUAAUCUUGUGCUGCGGCGGCAAAAAUCUGAUAUCGGCGUCCAGUGACACAACUGUUAAGGUGUGGAACGCCAACAAAGGCUUCUGUAUGUCGACAUUGAGGACACAUAAAGACUAUGUUAAAUGUUUAGCUUAUGCUAAGGACAAGGAACAAGUGGCCAGUGCUGGUCUCGACAGAGCUAUAUUUCUCUGGGAUGUUAACACAUUGACAGCAUUGACCGCAUCUAAUAAUACAGUGACCACAUCAUCACUAACUGGCAAUAAGGACAGUAUUUACUCAUUGGCGAUGAAUAGCGCCGGUACUGUCAUUGUUUCGGGUUCUACUGAGAAAGUAUUACGGGUUUGGGAUCCCAGAACUUGUCAAAAAUUAAUGAAACUUAAGGGCCAUUCGGAUAACGUGAGAGCUGUGGUGGUAAGCCGUGACGGAACUCAGUGUUUAUCAGCGAGUUCUGAUGGCACGAUCAGACAGUGGUCAUUAGGACAACAACGAUGUGUCGCCACAUUUAGAGUACACGAUGAGGGCGUCUGGACUUUACAAACAAAUGAGUCAUUUACUACUGUUUAUUCCGGUGGUCGCGACAAACGAGUGAUUAUGACAGACCUCCGAAAUCUUGAUAACAGAGCUGUGAUAUGUGUAGAGUCGGCACCGAUACUCAAAUUGCUAUUAACACCGCCAGAUAACAACUCAAUAUGGGUGGCCACCACUGAUUCAUCUAUUAAAAAUUGGUCAUUACUUCAUAACAAAUAUAAAGGAAGUUUUAGCAAUUGGGAGGAAUACGAUACCGACGGACCACCCAUUAAUGAUUGUGAAGAAUGGAAAAUCAAAGGAAAUCCUUCGAUUAGGAACUAUACGGUUCUUAACGAUAAAAGAUAUAUAAUGACUAAAGACACCGAUAAUAAGGUUGCCAUAUAUGACGUACUGACUGCAACUAAAGUCGAAGAUCUCGGAACUGAUGUUGACUUUGAUACUGAAGUCAAGAAACGUUUUAAAAUGGUUUACGUUCCCAAUUGGUUUACUGUUGAUCUCAAGAUGGGUAUGCUUUCUAUUCAUUUAGAAGAACCCGAUUGUUUUGCUGCGUGGGUUUCGGCCAAAGAGUUUGGAUUUUACAGUGAAAAUGACGGACCGGAUCCUAAAAUCAAUUUGGGAGGACUUCUAUUACAAGCAUUAUUGGAAUACUGGCCACCAAUUUAUAAUAAUGAAGAAGAAAUAGAAGCCAACGGUUAUUCUAUGAAUGGUCAGCCACAGGGUAUACCAUCUAAAGAGCCAAAACAAAAUAAUGUCAACGAAAGACUUGAGAGACCAGUGAAUCAAUACUUUUCAGUGCCAUCGCAUACACCGGUUAUAUUUAGUGAGAGUGGAAACCGAACUUUACUCAGAUUAUUGGUGUGCGACGCCCGACGAGAGACUGAGGACUUGUUAUUGCAGGACACGGUUCCGCCGUGGGUUAAGGAUGUCGUAGUGGACAAAAAUAUGCCUAAAUUUAACAAAAUACCAUUUUAUUUAUUACCCCACAUCUCAUCCGGUAUCAAACCAUUACGUAAGGAACGGUUAUCAGCCAGUGAUAUGCUUCAGGUUCGCAAAGUUAUUGAACAUGUCUACGAAAAAAUGUUGGGCACUAAUUCAGAAUCGGGAUCAACAGCUGCACAGUCCACUUCAGCCACCGGCAGCACCGGUCCCACUAAUGGCCACAAUAAUGGAACCAAAAAUAGUGAUAAUUCGGGCGCCGAUAGAGAUGACGAAAGAUUAUCCAUUGCUGAAGAAAAAGUUGAGCUCUCGUGUCAAGAGAUGGUUCUCGACCCUAAUCUCGAUCUAAGGACUGUUAGACAUUUCAUUUGGAAAAGUGGUGGAGACUUAGUGUUACAUUACAAGCCAUUAAAGUGAACAAACUUUUUAUUAGUUGUUGUUAGCAAUCAUUUUAACAUAUUUUUAUUAAUUAAUUAAUUAAUUAAU